UCAACAUGGAUAGUGUUCAAGGCCAAUAUAUGCGUAUCAAUCAGAUGCUAAUGUGCAUCAUCGGUCAAUGGCCGUAUCAGGAGGUUUGGGAGAAAUUUCUCAUCCAAAUUGUUUUCGUGCCCGCGGUUUUCUCUCAGGCGGUUCUUCAGGGUGGCGGCAUGAUCACCGCAUGGUUCGCAGGUGAUAUCGACGCGUUUAUGGAAAGUUCAUCGCCUUUCGUAAUUAGUCUAAUGUGCAUCUGUAAACACAUUAAUUAUACGUACAAUCAUGAGCAGAUGAAGAGACUCACGAAAGUAAUGACGGACGAUUGGAGUAUUUAUUCCAAGUAUAGCUACGAGUACGAUAUUCUGUGUAAAAGUUACGCGAUGGGGAGAAAAGUCACGAUCGCUUACGCAGUCUCCCUGUAUGGCUCGAUGACUCCCUUUCUGAUUAUACCGGUGUUAAUAAACACAGCCAGCUGUAUGGGUCUGUACAACAUUUCCCUCGAAGGUAGACCCUUGAUGUUCCGUACGGAAUACCUUCUAGAUUCGCAGAAGUAUUACUAUCCGUUACUGGUGCACUCGUACAUCGGCACCCUCGGAUUCGUCACGAUCGUCGUAGCGAUCGACUCGAUGUUGGUCUUUCACAUACAACACGAGUGCGGGAUGUGCGAGAUCUUAGGAUACCGACUAGCGCGGAUUGUUGAUGCAGCCACUUUAGGCAUAGAUUCGUAUUCGAGUAGAGAAGAGGCUGCAUCGUACAAAAAUGCGAAGAACUGUGUAAUCUUGCACGCCCACAUAAUAGAGUACGCUAAACGAAUCGAACAUGCGAAUACGACAUCAUAUUUUUUCCAACUAGGUUUCAAUAUGAUGGGCAUGACUUUCACAAUAUUCCAGGCAGUGGUAAAGUUAACCGAUUUAAAGGAGGCUUUGCGAUUCAUGUCGUUCACGGUGUGCUUGUUUUCCGUUCUUUUUCUCGAGAGCUGGCCGGGUCAGCAACUGUCGGAUUAUACCGAUAAAAUUUUUGGAUACACAACCAACGGAAAUUGGUAUCAGUCUUCGCAGAGAGUAAAGAAGGUGAUUGCUAUGAUGUUAUUGAGGAGUUACGUGCCGAUUAGGAUAACCGCGGGAAAGAUUUACACUCUAAACUUGGAGAACUUUGCUGCAGUCGUACGCACAUCGUUCUCCUACUUCACCGUCCUCUGUUCUAUGCAGUGAGAGCUUUAAGAGCUCGACAACUCCUAUCGACGAUAGUUACAGGCAAUGUUUGUUUCCCAACUCGUGAGUUAUAGCUGUAUAAUUAUAAUAGAUUAGAAUUUAAAGAGGUAUUAUUACUGUGAACAUUUUUCUGUGUCAAAGAUGUGUGAUACAGUCAAAGUAUCCAAGUAUUCUUGGCGCGAUUAGUAUUAUUUUAAUAAUAUUCAGGGAAGAAAAGACGGCUAUAAAUACGAUUGCAAUAUAUUUUCUAGUUUUAUUUAGCUACAUAAUAUUUUUGUAUGGAAGAUACAACGAAGUUUAUAAUAAGAUACGUAUCUUCUAACGAAUGAAUUAGUUACUAAAUCAUGUUGGCCGCUAAUAUGUCUCCUAAUUGUCUAUCACGAUCACAAUUUUAUUGCAUAGACUGUAGAAUCGUUAGAUAUGAGAAAGCUGUACG